AGAGGCUGCAGUCGAUGUCGAAGCCGACGCGCGCGAGCAUCGGAGCAUCGGAGACCGCGCCGAUCAGUCCGCGCGGGACGCUCGAAGAGCGAGGAUCGCGUUCACGCCUUGUCUUGCUCCCUAAUCUCUCUCAGGUGCAUCGAAUAGUAAACGCGAACGAGAGAGAGAGAGAGAGACAGCGCCAGUUUUUGCACCCAGUUCUUUAGAAUCGAGGUGAUCGAGAAGGGGAGAAAAACGGCGGCGAUCAUAGAGAAGCAUUUUUUGCGGGACGACCGGGACUCCGGAAGUUUUGGAGCACAGAUGGUGAGAGGAUCGUUACCUGAUAUCGCAGUGACGAUGGCAUCGGGCAGAGAAAUCCACGGUGCUUUCAGUCUCAUAGUGGACGACGUGGAUUCGCAGUCGAUUCUGAGCGACGGCUCCGACUUAGACGGACUGUCGCGCGAGAGCAGCUCGCAGAACUCGGCGUCGCAGACGCCCCUGGACAGUCCCGGUGGGCCGCGCGAGAGGAUCAAGCAGAUCCAGGUUGAGGCCGAGACCAGACGGGGCGAAUUCGCCAGGCUGUUGGAGGAGCACGCGCAGGUGGUGCGCAAACUGAAGAUGAUGGAGGCGGAGGAGCAAUUGUCGACAACGACGGCGACCGGAAACGCGACGGUGAUCGACGGUGCGCACGCGUGAUUUUACGGUUUUUUUACCACCGCUAGAACGAGGGUUGCCAUCGAGGGUUGGGACCAUCGCGUCGAUCACUAUACGACGACCACCACCACCGCCUCACCGCGUUUCCCCCUCGACCGCGAAACAUCACAAUCCGGAUAAGCUGUCAUCGUCCAACGCGAUUCGCAAGCAAGAUGACGCGAAUAUCGUUGGAUGUCUGGAUUAUUAAUUCUCGGAUGCAUCUUCGAAAAAUGCAGAAGGUAUAUGAGAAAUUUGCCGGGAAAUGAUGGAUGCAUCCGAGAAUUGACUAUGAGGGAAAAGAGAGGGAGGAAAGGAGGGGGGUAUGAAUUCGAGAGGACUUCUCUUGCCGUUUUCAUUUUUUUAUUAUGUAAUUUUGUUUCGCCGACUUUCGCUUCGGGCUAAUUCGAUCAUGCUUGAUUUGAAAACUACAAUUGGAAAUAAAUCCUAAAUAAUAUAAAUAGAAUCUAAAAGUUUCUUUAUAAUUUCAUGACGGAUUAUAGCAAUAAGAAAUAAUUAUUACUUUUUGUAUAUACUUUUUCUAUUUAAUAAACUUUUAUAUUUAAUAAAUUCAAAUAUAAAUUAAAUUUAAAUAAUUAAUAUAAAUAAAGUUACUGCGAGAUUUUUAUGUACAAUAUUAUAAAUGUGCAUUUAUGAUUGCAAUGUGUUAUUAUAUAUAUUAUAAGCAUAUAACUUCUCACAAUUUUACGCAUGAUUAAAAUAUUUAUACUUAUAUUUGAAAUCCGAGAUGCGCCAUCGCGAAUUCACAUAGAAAAUUUUACAAACUAACAAUGUAACACGUGUAAAUUCGACAGACGAAGCCUUUCUGUAUUUCAUUCGAUUUUGCGAGAUCGAGUUAAAACGAGCCCGAGCGAUGGGAUCAGAAAUCUGAAAUGCUGAUCAGGCUCCUGCGACGGGGAUCGUCCUCAUUUAACCCUUGUUUGCAACAAAGUCUGAAUAAAAACCACAUUAGACACGACAAUAAUGAGGAACACUUUUAAAAAAGGAACGCGUGAUCGCGUUAUCUGUUCACACAACGCGUGGAACAAGAAACUCCCGCCCGUUCGAACUAGCUCAGCAGCAACGGCUGGCCUAAUAAGCGUAGUACAAAUUUUGCAGUGAAGUCUUAAUAGAGAAAAAAAAAGAAAAAAAAUACCAGGUGCGAGUGGACCGAGAGAGUUUCCGAUAUAAUCCCAGAGAUUUGACACGGUGAUGAUAAUCGUGCCGUCGUUUGCGGUGGAAGCGCGGAUAUUGGAGUAAACACAUGGUGUCGUAGCCUACUCUCGAGACAAUGGGGUGUACAAGCUUCUACGCGCGUUUUAUAGUAUCGUAGAAUUGAGUGUUCCAUAAGUGUAAGCUAGUUUUGUAUAUCGUAAAUAUAUAUAGAUACAUAUACAUGUGUACAACAAAAAACGCGGGCUGCCGAGUCUGACGAUGAAUGCACUCUUUUGUAAAUAGGUUUCUUUCCAUUACACACACAUAUAUAUAAACAAGGCUCAGCCGAUCGAUCUUUAUUGAUUAAUCCCGUUUAGCGACUUCUGUCUCCUUCUAUAUCGAAACUUCAACUAUUAUUACAAAAAUAGAAUUAAACUGUAAUUUAAAUUUUUUUCUUCGGAUAACUUCAUCAAAAAAAAAUUUUAUUUUGAAUUUAAUUACCACUAUUGCUGUUGAAAGUGAAUAAAUAAUAUUCACUAAAACUGUCAAGUUUAUCAAAAAAUUUUAUAUGAGAAAUUUAAUAUAUGAUGCGUGAUUAAAUACCAACUAUAAUGUAACGAUAAUUUUUUUCCUAUAAAUAUAUUAUUAUUGAAAUGUAUGAUGGCUCCGGAUACUUCAGCAAAAUCGCAAAAGCCAAAGGAAAAAAUGCAUUCGAAAAAGUGUUAUUUAUCUCAUUUCAUCGUUUCAUUUUAAUAUUAGGAAGUUUAUACAAAAUAUCAGCUGAACAGACUAAUAAUGCUACUAAUUUUCUACGUGUGCUACCGUCAGAUCGGUAUCCAAAUGAUAUAGGUAUUAUAUACUUAUAUUAGGCAUUUAUAGACUUAUAUAUAUAUAUAUACAUAAAGAGAGAAACACAAGUAUAUAGACCUGUGUUAAAGUAAAUAAUCCUAGUGUAGAGAUGUCUAUUGUUACACAGUGAUACCAGUCGACGUCAGUAAGUGAUCAGAACAUUUUUCUGCUUAUUGUUAGAUUAAUUCCUAAGAUGUCAUAUGAUGAAUCUUGUACUGCACGAUAAUAUUCGAAUGUGAAAUAUUAAUCAUUCUUUCGUAUGUCAAUUGAGAUGAUAAUCGACGAUUGAUACAAAGAUAUAGAAUAAAAAAAUAAUCGAGUCAAUACUUAUGAAACUUUAGAUUUCCAAAAUGUAUUUAAAAAAAGAAAAAGAAGAAAUAGGAAAUAUCGUACUCAUUUUUUAUAGAAGUUAGAUAAUAUAUAUAAAUAAUUUAUUACUCUUUGACUUUAUAAAUAAUUAUACACACCUGUACGCACGUGCGUUAAAGAAAUUUCAGGAAAGAUAUUUUGAUCGCUACAUCGUUGGCUGGUUUACUGUGCGAAUUAAGAAGACAGUCCUAGAAUACGUAAUAAGAAAUAGACAAAAAUGAUUUUAGCUGCUCAGAAACGUAAAAUGCUUUAAAGAAAAUUUCGCGAAAGAGAGUGAUACUGCGCAAGGCAAUAAUUUCUUCAACAUAUUCGGGAAGACUGCAAAGUAAUGCUGGAUACGAAUGCGAAACGAGAAAUUUGCGUUAUUUUUGCUGCUACGAGAUAUCCUAUAUACGAUCGUUACUAUUACGUUAAGAGAAUUGCAGAUAUUAUACAUAUAUGUAUAUUGUCACCAUGUAGUUUUUACUCAUUAUUAUUCGUACGACUGCAUGUUAGAGGCGGCUAUAUGAUAUACAUAUUUAUCAGAUUUGUAAUAAAAUGUUGAAAAAAUAUGUGAUUUUAAUUUCGCGCGAGCAAAAUAAAUUGCGAGUAAAAAACAUGGUUCGAUAUAACGAUGUUUUUAUCGGUUUUGCUUUCUAUCGUUGCAAUAAAAUAAACGGCUGCUUUUUGCGACCCAACAAAAUGCAAUGUAAUAUUAUAUCACGCCGAGUUAAUGUUAACGUAAUAGAAAUUUAUAUGUAAAUUUUGGAUGUAUUAUCGUAACAUGUGAGAGAUACGCGCGCGACAAGCUGUUGAGUUUUAUUAAGAAAAACCGCUGCUUGACUAAUUAUUUAUAGGCUCAUGUUGUGUGUAUGCGAAAUAAUAAUGUAUGUAAAACGAUGGUUGCUACUGGAAAAAAUAUAUAUAUUUUA